AUGUGCAAGAUCUUUGGCAAGGUGAACAAGCGCUUCACUCGAAACACUCGACAGUCCCCCAACCCUGAACCCACAGCUGCAAUUUCCAGCCUACAGGACACCCAACCUGUUCAAUCAACUAAGAAUCUCACCCCUCCCACUCUCGAACCGAAUUGCGAGCAAUCUUCUAAUUCAGGGAUCGUAGAGGCCGAACAUUUCGACCCAAAGGUUGUGAACAAAAAAAUCGCCAAUGCCAACAAAGGUCUCGCAGGCACCAGCCAAGUCCCCACAUUACUCCAAAAGGCUUCUUCCAUGAUCAACAAUGCCCAUCCUUAUGCAAAGUUGGCAUUGUGUAUCUUCACUUCUGCAUCCAAUAUGAUUCUUGAUCAGGCAAACUGUGAUGAAGACGUUUCACGUUUGCUCUCGAAGAUAUCUGGAGUCUAUUAUUUUAUCAUGGAGAAGCAGGAAUUGAUUGAGAUGGAAUCUAUGCUAGCGAUAUGCGGAAAAAUAGCGACAGAUAUGAAUGAUCAUGAACGUCCGACGUACGAACAGCCCACCAUAGCAGCAAAACACCAAACACCCAUACCAAGCUGGAUUUUUGAUGACGAGAGCAGCAUACUGGAAGAUUUGUUUGGGCUGGAUGAAAAAAUGUUCCAGGUCCCGAAUAAGCACCUAACCGAGAAUCAGCGGGAGUCGUUUUGUGUGAUGAUCAACGCGAUCUCACAGAGGAAGACAGCAGACGCACGUUACAAAGUGCUGGAAGGCAAGAGCGAGGGAGGAUGGAGUGCAGGACGUGAGGCUUUGUCGAUCUGGUUCAAUAAACAAAAAAUUUCAUCUAAGCUGGAGGAGGGGGUUGAGUUUCCGAACAUCUUGGACACUGAGCAUGCCAAAGAAGACGUUCUGGCUGCGAUCUUGGGGGACCAUGCCAACAAACAGCUCCCGCGCGGUGAUUUUCGCGAUGCAGGAACGACAAUCAACCACCACGCAUGGGAACACCAUCAGGCAGACAUUGAGGAAGCGGACGAAGUAGGUGCAAAGAUGUUGCGUGAUGCCACCAAGGCCGUCAAAGCUCUGAGGAUGGCCGUGGUGUGGUUCCCAGAUGAGAAAGACCAAGUUGGCGAGUAUGAGGAAUUUUUGAAGGAGGUUGUUGUCACUGCGGUGGUGAAAUCGAGGAAGGUUACUAAGGAGAAGGUAACGGUGAAGACUGAUAACACACCUGGCAGAAAGCAUGGUACUGAGCAAGCACGCAAGAUCAAGACCACGUUGCUCGUUGCACCUGGGGAUGUCGAGGAGAUCUGGGCCCUGUAUGUGCAGCUGUUCGAAACUGAACCUGGUGAGUUAGAGGCGCCAAGAGUAGACAAGGAGGACGAACCUAUUGGAAGAGAUGACUGGGACAACAAUUGCGAGGAUCUUGGGUUUCCCGGUGGCAAGCCCGCACUCUUUGCGGAAUUGCAGUCAAAAACAGGACUGUGUGCCUGGGAUGCAGAUGUGGCAUCGAUGUUUAUGAGGGAGAAUGAAUAUAUGGAGCUGUUGUCCCUCCUGUGGCACCAGCGAGUAGGUGUCGCGGCGAUCAUCGACAAGAUAUGGGCAUCUGCGCUAAACAAAGGUAACACUCCGGGAAUUUUAAUAGCAGAUGAAGUAGGUGUUGGGAAGACAGCACUCACCAUGGGCACCAUCGCCUUCGUCAUUGAUGCUUACUGGGUUCAAGAAGUCGCUGCCGGACGAGGAAAACCUGCCAGGGUGACCACAAGUAUCAACCUGAGCAACCUUCGCCCAGCCCCCAUCCUCGGCCGAGAUGCAAUCCCGAACCUGCCCCACAUCAUCAUCGUGCCAAAUUCCUUGAUCAAUCAAUGGUAUUUGGAGCUACGCACCUUCUUCGCCCCUGGAGCUGUCGAGAUCUACAGGUAUCCAUCAGCAGAAAGCAAAGUGUUCGACACACGCAAAGGCCUCGCAGGACACAACAGUCACAAGGUGUCGGACGAGACACGCUCCGUCAGACAAUGGAAACAAGCAUUGAAAUGUCUGUGGGCUGGACAUGAAUUCCUUAGCAUUUUAAUUGACGAAGUCCACGAGAUGCGCAACCUUACUGCAGGUUUUUACGCGACACUCGAGGUCACGAAGGCCUCCGUCAUUAAAUUACUCGCAUCAGGCACUCCACUUUACACCGGCCUGAUGGAUCUUUGCAAUAUAGGUUGGUUAGCGUGGAUCCAGCACUUCAUGAGCAAGGAGGGCAAUGAGCACGAUAAAGAUCACAUCAAGCAACUUUGUGCUGCACGUCGAGCGAUGACACAGGAGGAUAAAAAUGAUGCUGCCGCACAUACCAUUCAUUUGGUUGAUAGAGGAUUGUAG